UAAAAGUGUACAUUCAGAGCAGAAUGAGAAGAAAAGAGUUUCGUAACGAGAAGGCGGUUUUGAUACCUGGGAUUGUGAGCGGAGUGGGAGCUCCUCAUCUCGGGUUAAAUUAACAACCUCUAGCUUCUCCUCCGUUUGUCACUGAUGGCCGAUCCAUUCAAUGUCCACACUGAGUGACCACAGUGUUCGUGUUGCAAUUGCGAUAACACCAAGAUAAACUUCGGGUGUCUGCAUGUGGUGGUGUCAGUGAGCAUGAGGUCACCCGUGGACGAUGUUAGCUUCGGUCAGCAGCUCGCGCUUAACCUCACCGGCAGCCGCACUUUGAUGCUCCGCGUUGAACUCGUCGCUCUCCUCUGAUUCAAAGAGAAACUUCUUCUGACAACUACUUGGACAUUAUGGCCCCACACCCGGUGGUCCAGGCCGUCAUUGACCUCUCUUCAGGAGCCAUAGGGGGUGCUGCAUGUGUCUUUAGUGGACAGCCUUUAGACACGGCAAAGGUGAAGAUGCAGACCUUUCCUAAGAUGUACCAGGGUUUCAUCCACUGCGUCACGUCCACCUACAAACAAGUGGGUCUGCGUGGUCUCUACCAGGGCACCACGCCAGCACUGGUGGCCAACAUCGCAGAGAACUCUGUGCUCUUCAUGAGCUACGGCUUCUGCCAGCAGGUCAUCCGCCUCACGGCUGGACUGCACAAUGAAGCUGUGCUGAGUGACGUGCAGAAAGCUUGUGCUGGCUCAGUAGCGUCCAUUUUCUCCUCGCUGGUACUCUGCCCCACUGAGCUCGUCAAGUGUCGGCUGCAAGCCAUGUACGAAAUGGAGGCUUCAGGAAAGAUUGCUAAGAGCCAGAAUACAGUGUGGUCGGUGGUGAAGUCCAUCAUGAGGAACGAGGGGCCACAGGGCUUCUUCCAGGGUCUGACCACCACCAUAGCCAGAGAAGUCCCCGGUUACUUCUGCUUCUUCGGUGCCUAUGAGCUCUGCCGCACUACCUUUGCGGACUACAUGAAAUGUGAAAAAGACGACAUAGGUGUGGCUCCAAUCAUGUUCAGCGGUGGUUUGGGGGGGGCGUGCCUGUGGCUGGUGGUCUAUCCCAUGGACUGUGUCAAGUCUCGGAUCCAGGUCAUGUCUAUGACGGACAAACAGGGAGGAUUUUUCAAAACCUUCAUGACCAUCGCUCGUACUGAAGGUGUGAGGGCACUCUACUCUGGUCUUACCCCGACCAUGAUCCGCACCUUCCCUGCUAACGGAGCGCUUUUCCUGGGUUAUGAGGCCAGCCGGAAGCUCAUGAUGAAGCAGUUUGACAGCUAAAAGAUGCACAACAUGAAUGAAGGAGUGGUGAACUGGAAGUGAAGUAUUGUAGUCAUAAAACCUCAUCAAAACUCCAGUUAAAGCUUGGAAGCGUAAUACACGUGGGACCUGGUUUAAUUUUCCAUUUCCUGCUUUUGUUUUACUUGCCUAAAAACUGCCACACUCCCUCUCUUUUUAAUCUACACCUCUAAUAUAGUGUUUACGUCAUUUAAAUCCUCAUAUUAAUUUAUUUUUUAGAUUAAGAUAUAAUUUUGUUUUUCACUCUCCAAAACAAUUAUUGCCAACAUACAGCUAACAUACAGCCAACAUACAGCAACAUACAGCUAACAUACAGCCAACAUACAGCCAACAUACAGCCAACAUACAGCCAGCAUACAGCUAACAUACAGCCAACAUACAGCCAACAUACAGCUGACAUACAGCCAGCAUACAGCUAGCAUACAGCCAGCAUACAGCUAGCAUACAGCCAGCAUACAGCAGCAUACAGCUAGCAUACAGCUAGCAUACAGCUAACAAGCAUAGAUGAGAAAAAAUGAUGUGCAGUUUAACCAGCCUCUUUCUGAGGAAUUGUUAACACUCCAGUUUCUUCUUUUUUUUUUUUUUUUUUUUAAUCAUUCUUUACUUCUCUGUAUUCAGCUACAUGGGUAGGAAAACACUCCGUUAGAUUGUGAGAUUAUCUUUUGAAGCACAAAAUCUGUAAACCUUACUUUUAGUUCAUUGCAUGAAGAUUUUAUUUAGAAAUGCGCAGUGGCAUAUACUAAUCAAUUUAAGUGGCCUGACAUGUGUUGUGACAACUUGUGUUUUUUUAAUUAGGGAAUAAUUCUCUGCUAAAUAUGCGUCUCAGUUUUGGAUCACAUCUGUUUGUUUCGGUAAAGUAAAGAAAAAUGCAAUUCUGGUAAUAAAUAUGUUGAAACAUGUGCUUACUUUUCAAACAGUCUCGACUGCCGGUUUUAUCCGCCACAAUAGAAACAAAUCCAGCCAGCAGGGACUAGGCUGUUUUGUAUUUGCGUUAUAUUUCGCUUCUGAUGUGAUUUAAGUUUCCGCUCUUUCAAAUCACUACACUUUGCCUUUUUUGUUUGUUGUGUGACCUUUUAUCUGUGUUCUUUACAAGUCAAUGAGAAAAUAUCAAGUGUAUUAAAUGUGCCAUUUGUACAUUGCAUGAAAAAAAUGUACACCUUCACCCCAGGACUUUCAAGAGCCAGCGAGAGCUUACCGGUCACCGCCGGAACCGCGGCGCUUUCCAGGGCACAGGCCCCUCUGCAGGGUUUUUCCAGUGCUUAGUAGUUGGCAAUUCAGAAAUCUCAGUCCUAGUCCUUUUCAAUGUUAAUUGAGAAAUGUAGAUAUUUUAAAAUGCUAACUAUUUGAGAUGACACAUGAAAUGUUUGUACAGAUAUCUAUCCUGAUAUUCAUUGCAGUCGAACGAUCUACAAUAAAGGUGUUGAAGUCUGUAUUUUAUUUCA